UCUUGUUUUCAGCGCUCGCCCUGUCGGUCUCCGGGAGCCCGAGGAGCCAGGACUGACUUCACGCAUCACUUGGUGCACACACCAUGCUGAUAUUGGAGAGCUGCCUCCUACCAUAACAAACCCUCUCCCUGUCCCUCCCCACAAAGGGGGCUGCAAAGCUGCAUUUCCACCGCCGCCGCCGCUGCUGUUGCUGCUGCUGCUGCAAUUUCCUAUCUAAAGCUUUUCUUUUUUUCUCUUUUGCAAAUUCUGUUCAGACUUCUUUGGGGGCGGGGGGCUUUGUUCCUUUUUUUUUUUUUUGGCCAAAAUGUCGGUCUGUAAUAUAAAAACUGAGCAAGGAACGGUGGCAUUGGGAGCUUUGCAGAAGUUUUCAGAGAAAUAACUUGACCAAGAUGUCCAGUGAUAGGCAAAGGUCAGAUGAUGAAAGUCCAAGUACCAGCAGUGGUAGUUCAGAUGCAGACCAGAGGGAUCCAGCAGCACCAGAACCUGAGGAACAAGAAGAAAGAAAACCAUCUGCCACCCAGCAGAAGAAAAACACCAAACUCUCUAGCAAAACCACUGCUAAGUUAUCCACUAGUGCUAAAAGAAUUCAGAAAGAGCUAGCUGAGAUAACCCUUGAUCCACCUCCGAACUGCAGUGCUGGGCCUAAAGGAGAUAACAUUUAUGAAUGGAGAUCAACUAUACUUGGACCACCAGGUUCUGUAUAUGAAGGUGGUGUGUUUUUUCUGGAUAUCACAUUUUCAUCAGAUUAUCCAUUUAAGCCACCAAAGGUUACUUUCCGUACCAGAAUUUAUCACUGCAACAUCAACAGUCAGGGAGUCAUCUGUCUGGAUAUCCUUAAAGACAACUGGAGCCCUGCUCUGACUAUUUCAAAGGUUUUGCUGUCUAUUUGUUCCCUCUUGACAGAUUGCAACCCUGCUGAUCCUCUGGUUGGAAGCAUAGCCACUCAGUAUUUGACCAACAGAGCAGAACAUGACAGGAUAGCCAGACAGUGGACCAAGAGAUAUGCAACAUAAACGGCGUCUUUUUUGCACAGUGCGAAGAAGCAGGAGGCCUCUUUACACUGUGCAGCAAAUCUUUAUAGCCUUUACAAUACGGACUUCUGUGUAUAUGUUAUACUGAUUCUACUCUCUGCUUUUAUCCUUUGAAGACUGGGAGACUGCCCAAAAAGGUAAAUGCUAUCACGAGUAGAACUUUGUAGCUGUAGAUUAGUUAUGUUUAAAAUGCCUACUUGCAAGUCUUGCUUCUUUGGGAUAUCAAAAUGUAUUUUGUGAUGUACUAAGGAUACUGUUCCUGAAGUCUACCAAAUAUUAUAGUGCAUUUUAGCCUAAUUCAUAAUCUGUAUGAAGUUAUUAAAGUAGCUUGUAGAUGACUAGAAAUUAUGUCAUUUGUAUUAAACCCAGAUCGAUUUCCAAUUAUGUGGUACAUGCUGUUGUGGAAAAUGUUUUACCUUUUACCUUUGUCAGUUUGUAAUGAAAGGAUUUCCUUUUACCCUUUGUAGCUCAGAGAGCGAGCACCUAAUGUAUCAUCUCAAACACAAUAAACAUGUUCCCGGAGGUGUA